GGAGAUACGCCGCCACGACAUGACGACAUGAGUCGACGUAAUUAAGCUUACUCUGGAUCGCUGAGCUUUCUUGUUCAAUUUAUUCCUGUGUAUUUUCUCUGGAAGGACGCGUUCCUUCUACUUUCGACAUUUUGUGUUUAAUUUGUGAGAACAUGUGGCGAACAAUGCUGACUUUAUUAUAUUGCAUAGGAGCUAUUUGUUACGUUGUCGGGGCUCCAUCUGGAUCACAGCGACACACCCGACAGAGCCCUUUCGGGGCCAUGGGAGGCGGUGGCCCCUUCCACGGUGGUAUGGGAGGUCCCAUGGGGGGAAUGGGGAGAGGGGCCAGCAUGGGACCAUCUAUGAGAGGUCCCUCCGCGGGAGGUCAAAGUCAGGGCGGGGCGGGCUCGAUGUUUAACGCUGCCGGGUCUAACUGCAUUCGCCAUAAUAUUGUGUGCCCGCAAUGGUGCCUGGUGGAAGACGCUAAUGGGUGUAGAUCGUGUCCGUGCGGACCAGCCGGCGGAAUGAGUGCCCUGGCGGGAGGUCCCUCUUCCGGCCCCCUGUCCGGCCUGAUGUCUAUGGGAGGCGGGGCAAUGGGAGGCGGAGGAGGGGGCGGAGGUGGGUUUACCGGUGGAAUGGGCAGUGCAGGCGGGGGAUUCACUUCCGGUGGCGGUGGCGGCGGUGGAAUGACACCACCGUCGGGAGGCGGUGGAGGUGGCGGAGGCGGCUCUACGAUGUCAACUUCCAGUUCCGCUAUGGAGGUCAAGCCGGUAAAGGAAUGCGCUGCGACGCUGCUGUGCGCCUCCACUUGCGACAGCGGCUACCAGCUUGGGUCGACCAGUUCCGGCGGAUGUAGAGCGUGCUCCUGCCCGUCCAGUCAUCACGUGUCUACAACGACUAUCCAGUACAUCGUACAGACGGUGCAGCCCGCGGAGAAGGAGUGCACGCACACGGCCCACUGCAUGCGCACAUGCGAGAGUGGUUACACCAUGCAGACGACAGACGGACACGGCUGUCCCGAGUGCGCCUGUAUACAAGUGGAGCGCCCCUACGAGUACCCGAUAGAGAUCGCAGUGGAGCCUCCGCCCGAGCGCCAGUACAUCCAGACGUACGAGGUCACGUGCCGGGCACACUCAUGCAGCGCCGGAUGUACCGUGGGCUACAAGUGUGGCUCCGAUGGUUGCCCAUCUUGCGAAUGCAUCCAUCCUUCAGUGGUUGGCCUGUCCACUGUGACCCAGGUAUACGUAGAGCGCCCACUGACCUGUCGCCAGAGCCUCGCCUGCUCCUCACGUUGCAGCACGGGAUACACGUGCGGCUCAGACGGCUGCCCCACUUGUCAGUGUAUCGAGAUGCAAGUGACCUACCAGCAACCCCGGCCCGAGUACACCGCGCAAACGUGCACACACACUUUGACAUGCGCCGCUACGUGUGCAAACGGGUACGAGAUGUACAACGACGGGACGGGCGGUUGUUCCAAGUGCUCGUGCAAACCGGAACCAGUUGUGUACGAGACCCGCCCUCAGUACUCCGUGCAGCGCCCCGCCCCCCAGUACGAGAUCGUGGAGUGCCCCAGCACCAGCGGUUGUGCCGCAAUGUGUCCCCAUGGCUUCGAGGUGGUCCGCUACGAAAACAAGUGCCCGGAGUGCCAGUGUAAACCCGCGCCAGUUUACUAUACUCAAACCAGCUGCGACAACUGCCACGAAACCGGAAGUAACGUCUUGUAUUACACUGGCACUUCCGGUAGCUCCCACAGCAGCGGAAGUCAAUAUGUAGUCGCCGGCGGAAGCAGCGGUGGUCACAGUGGCGGGGGUACCAGCUAUGUGAUGACUGGCGGCAGCGGAGGCAGCAGCUCCCGGGGAGGCACUGGUGGAUAUGCGUCUUCUGAAACGUGCCCGCCCCUACCUCCGGACUGUGAUCCCCUUUGUAUCAAGUAUGACACACCCCACUGCCGAAGAUGCACUUGCGAAACAUCUUAUUUCCGAUUCGCACAGGGAUAGAUAACGCUAACAGUUUCUUCUGCGAAAUGUGAGGACUUUAAACUUUCCAGUGAAAAAAUACAAUUAAAUUGUCAGACUUUUUUCAAAGCACGUGUAUUUGCAAAUGAUAAACUAUUCAAAUGUAUUUAAAUACAACAUAUAUAAUGAACAGAUUGUCACGUUGUCAAAACAAGAUGUUUAUUUUGUAAUAAAAGACAUACGUUACCAA